AUCAAAAUUCUGUCUUAAGAUCACACAUCAUGGUGCCAAUAACUAAAGACCUCACUGUUAACUCUUCAAAAACGACAUGUUGCCAACAUCACAAAAUGGAGGAAAUCAAAUUCUUCUGUGAGAACUGUAAAUAUGGAAUAUGUGUAAAGUGUCUCCUUGGUGAUCAUGGUGAACACAUUGUCACCGAUAUGACAGUAACAUUGAACUCGAAAAGAAAUGAGCUGAAACAUUGUAUCAAACAUAUACAUGAUCAAAUAUGGAUUCUGCAAGACAUACUAUUUAAUCUUACUUGUCUUGAAGGUCGAAUCAAGGGAAAAUAUGAGGAAACAAAACUGCAAAUGAAAAAGAGUUCUCGAAAACUUGUCAACAAAAUCUUCGGUGCAGAAGUAAAGCUUUUAUGUGAACUAGAUGAAGCCUACCAAAGACAAUCUGAUGAUGUUUACAGACGUAAACAGCAGUGCAAGACACAUCUGGAACAGUUUAAAAGUUUGCAGUCUCGAUUGGAUGGUAUUCUGAAGGUUGAAGACAUUGACAAUGUUCUUGAGAACUACACAGACAUUCUAAGUGAAGUUCAUGAAAUCAACAUUACAAAGCAAUACAAAUCAAAAUUCCUGAAAUCCCCGGAAUCUCUGGAGUUCGUUCCUAACGGAAGUGUAUCUAUAGGCAAACUCAGUCUAGUACCUAAUGAUAUGCAAGGACGUCAAAGAGCAUCAUCACGACAUAGGCUUAUUACACGAUCGACAAGUGGGCAGGUUAAACAGCAAACAGGAAAAUCGUCCUCUGGUCCAGGUAUUACACCCAGAGUGGCAUCCUCUACCAGUCAUGGCCAUCAAUUUGGAAGAUCGCGAAACCCCCUACACAAAAGUCAACCGAUAUUAUUUGAUCAGCGCAGUGAAGACUCAAAUAGUCCUGAUCUACCACCAGUUACAAACACGUAUGAUCCACAGAGGUAUUGUGAUGAGGCCUCUUCUAAUUCUGAGUGUGUUCCUGCAGUAAAGCUCGUGUAUAAAGUAAACACUUCGGGUGCUGGACGUGGACAGCUCAGUCUUCCUUUCAGUGCUACCUUUGACAAAGAGGGUCGACUGCUUGUUGCUGAAAAUGGUAACGGACGACUCCAAAUGUUUGGUAACUAUGGACAUACAGUUAAGAUCAUAGGACUGCCUAGCUGUGUACCGAGAUGUGUGACUACCACUGCUGAUGGCAAGGCAUAUGCCCUCACUGAUGAGGAAUCAAAGUGUGUGAAAUUAGUAUCAGAAGAUGGGAUUCUCAUGAAGGAAAUCUACAUUGCCGGAGAUGCUUUCCCUUUUGGAAUUACCACAUUAGACGACGAUCAAUUUGCUAUAUCAGAUAUUAUUUAUGAAUGUGUAUCUAUCAUUUCAGCAAAUGGUGAAAAGGAUAUACGUUUUGGUUCUCAUGGAAAUACGUCAGCCAAAUUGGAAAACCCUUCUUACCUAACAACAAACCUGUAUGGCAACAUCCUAGUGUCAGAUUCAGGUCAUCAUGAGGUGAAAGUCUUUGACAGGCUAGGUAACUAUCUAUACAAGUUUGGAGGGUAUGGUACUGCAGGAGGACAGCUAAGGUACCCAAAGGGUAUUGCUUGUGACAAGAAUGGCCUAGUGUAUGUAGCUGACUCUGGUAAUGACAGAGUUGUGGUCUUCUCUGAGGUAGGCCUAUACUGUGGCAUGUUACUGGGUCGGGUGAAUGGUAUAAAGCGUCCAACAGGCUUAGCCUACAGUCCCAAGGGCCUCAUGGCCAUUACUAUGCCAGAUGAUGACGAGGUCAGCGUGUAUGAACUGACAAGCUCAAUACCACGAUCAUUCACACAGUAAGCAAAUAAAUUCACAAACUAGGAUAAAAGUGCUUUCAGAACGAAAACAUCUGUCCUCUAAAAUACCGAGCCGGUGGUGGUGAUAAGUACUGCUCACAAAUAAUUAUUGUCAAACGACAAGCACCUAACUCAGACUAAUUAAAUCACGAGAGAUUAAUUCACUAGUUAUUUAUCUGGCGAUAAGAUAAGCAUGCUUCAAUGGUUACAGAACACCAAAACUCUGUAAUCAAAUGGUAUCAAGGACUUCUAAUUCUAGAUAACUUAAAUUAAACAAUUUGUGCUAAACUGUCCACUGGUAGCAGCAGCCAUGUACAGAAUACAACAAACCUUUUUUUUAAUUUUUGCAUUGUAUUUCAGAUUAGUUCUGGCACAAUUUGGAAAUGUUUAUCUUAAAAUCUACUGUAAUUAUUUUCAUAAAUAAACAAGGACUCCAAUUGGUUUGUCUUAUGGUAUCAACCACUUCUUAAUUAUGGGGUACUAACUGUUGAUUCUGAUAUCAAUCCGUACCCCGAGUUUUCAUUACCUGUGAAUAGCAGUAAAUCUUAAGUAAGAUAUGUUACCUACCAGACUAUUGUCCUUACAUCUGGCACACUGACAGCUAAAGUAAUACUGCUCCCACAGCUGUCUCCUUCUUUCAGCUAUUGUAUCCAGCUGGUCCACAUAGCUUAUAUAAAUCUGCAGCAAGUGUUGAAAUACAUCAAUGAUUAACUUGUGGGAAUGAUUAUAUAUGGAAUCAAUAUUGAUUCAAUGUUAUAUUACAACUAGCAUUCUUACAUGAAUUCAUGUUUGCUUUCAUUUAUAUAAUACAAAUGCAUUUUUCACUUACUACCAAGGACAAAAUACUCCCAAUACACAGACUGGGAUGAUUAUGAAUGAAAAUCCCUAACACACUGACUGGGAGGGUUAUAAAUCAAUACCCCUAACACACUGACUGGGAGGGUUAUAAAUCAAUAUCCCUAACACACUGACUGGGAGGGUUAUAAAUCAAUACCCCUAACACACUGACUGGGAGGGUUAUAAAUCAAUAUCCCUAACACACUGAAUGGGAGGGUUAUAAAUCAAUAUCCCUAACACACUGACUGGGAGGGUUAUAAAUCAAUAUCCCUAACACACUGACUGGGAGGGUUAUAAAUCAAUACCCCUAACACACUGACUGGGAGGGUUAUAAAUCAAUAUCCCUAACACACUGACUGGGAGGGUUAUAAACCAAUAUCCCUAACACACUGACAGGGAGGGUUAUAAAUCAAUAUCCCUAACACACUGACAGGGAGGGUUAUAAAUCAAUACCCCUAACACACCGACAGGGAGGCUUAUUAAUCAAUACCCCUAACACACUGACAGGGAGGGUUAUAAAUCAAUACCCCUAACACACUGACUGGGUUAUAAAUCAAUACCCCUAACACACUGACAAGGAGGGUUAUAAAUCAAUAUCCCUAACACACUGACUGGGAGGGUUAUAAAUCAAUAUCCCUAACACACUGACUGGGAGGGUUAUAAAUCAAUAUCCCUAACACACUGACUGGGAGAGUUAUAAAUCAAUACCCCUAACACACUGACAGGGAGGGUUAUAAAUCAAUAUCCCUAACACACUGACUGGGAGGGUUAUAAAUCAAUAUCCCUAACACACUGACUGGGAGGGUUAUAAAUCAAUACCCCUAACACACUGACUGGGAGGGUUAUAAAUCAAUAUCCCUAACACACUGACUGGGAGGGUUAUAAAUCAAUACCCCUAACACACUGACUGGGAAGGUUAUAAAUCAAUACCCCUAACACACUGACUGGGAGGGUUAUAAAUCAAUACCCCCCUAACACACCAAUUGGGAGGGUUAUGAAUCACUGAAUAACUUAAUUACCCUUAAACUCUAGCUUGGAUCUCCCAAUACUUUUACUAAGGAUCAUAUGAGGUGGGGAUGAUAUUAUCACUUCACCCUGAAACACUCACAUUGGUUGGGGAUGGAUCUGGUAUGUCCUGAGUGGCCCGCACUGUCAGCUUGGUCCCUUGGAAUGUAGCAACGGCAUUAGGCUCGCAACUGUGAUCGAGCAAGGAAGGACUAAGAAAUGAUAAAUCAUGUUAAUGCAAAAUUAAAAUGUGUGUACAAAUUACCUAAGAAAGAGGGAUGUAUAUAUGUAGUUCAGACUGAGGUGAAUGUCAAUCUCUUACAUUACCCCUGCAAUCUAUUGAACAAAAUUGUACUGAAAACAGUGCAUGUGUGGCUUUUGACCUCAUGUACAUGCAUGUAUGACCUUGAUAAUCAGAGAACUCAUUCAUAACAGAAUUGCUAGUAGCCAAAUAAUAAAUUGCUACAUAAAAAAAAAAAGCUAUAGGUUAUAUGGACUUAACAAGCUGAACAUGCAGGUCAUUACAGAGGUAGAAUUUUAAAUAGUGCACUAGCUACACUGACAUUGUCAAAUUAUAGAACUUUAAUAGACAUAUGAGAUAUCAUGUGUGACCAAUGAUUUUCUCUAUGUGAUGAGGGUGAAAAGGAGCCAUGUACGAAGCAUGUAUACCUGUACCAAUUAUUAUUAUUAAUCAAGUAUAAUGCUUAAUGUACAAACAUUUUGUACCUGUUCACAUAAUCAACCAACAUGUGCUAUUUGAUUGAUCGUUAAUGUACAGGUAUAUAUUUUAUACUUUUAGUUUAAGAUAAUAUAUCUGUAUACUUGUUAUACAACAACGACUGACAUCAUAAUACAUCAUUAUAACUUACUGCUAACUCUGUUUAUAAGUAACCAGCUGUUCAUUAUUUGUUUCACCUGAUGAAAAUUGUACACCUUUUUCUUGGCACAUACUUCAUUUGUAUAUUGAACUAAUGGGAAUAUAGGGAAUAUAUUUGGUGUUUUUGUAGGGUAAUUAGGGUUUAAUAUCAUAAUCAUUAUGCUUUGUCUCUAAUCAUUAAUUGUCAUACUACACACUUGUAAUGUAUAACAUUUGUUUUAAAGUUUUAAUAAAGUAUUCUGAUUUCA